AUGAAGACCACCGUCGGCAACGCCGCCCUCGUCGUCGUGCGGUCGGCCCGCCGCAGUCCCAUCUUGCAACGCUGCUUCCACGCCACCGCCGGGUCUUCGCAAGCCCGACUCGUCGACACCUCGCACCCUUUCUACGCAACGGCCAGCGCAGACUGGACCGCCCUCUCACUCAAUCACCCGCUUCUGCACAACCAGACCGGCAUUCGCAUACACCUCGUCGGUAUCCACCACAGCUCGCCCGCCUCCAUAGACCGCGUCAACAGUGUUAUAGAUCAUGUGAAACCCGCGGCGGUGUGCAUAGAGACGGAUAAGAGCCGUAUGGACCUCUGCGUCGCUAAAGCCGCCGUAGUACUACGCCCCUCCGAUGACCCUCUCUCAGGCGGUGUUGAUAUGCGGAUACCGCCUCGAUUACGAGGCGUCCAAACCAUCAUAUCGCCCUCCGGCCCAAACUCCUCCGCCUCGCCAGCCUUCGCCAACCUCACCCCAAAAGACCAUGACACCCUUUCCCGCCUUGGCCUCGACCCCGCCCUCCAUCUCUCCUCCGACCACCUCCAUUACGGCCUCGAAAUGGCGGCAGCGAUUCACUCCGCCCUCCGCCACUCUGCCAUUGUCCGCGCUAUCGACAUCCACCCGAACGUCCUUCGUAAUAACCCGGCUCAUUCACAGCUCAUUGAGAAACUGAUACGGCGGUAUAGACUUUUGCCCCCGUCCUCGCGGAAGGCGUCGGCGGUGGGAAAUGCGGUGUUUUGGAUUAUCCAGAAACUCGCCUUUGGGUGGCGGAGGGAUGUAGGCGCCGAGACGAAUGCGGACCAGACGUCGGUGCGGGAUCAUGCUAUGUACAUGCGAUGCUGGAAAUCCUUCUACCCCAACCCGUACUUUUGGUGGUUUGAGAUUAGGAACGCGGGGAUGGUUGAGCAGUUACGAAAUUGCGUAAGGGACGUGGCGAUCGCUUCAAAGAUUCUGACUCCCGAAGGCGUCGAGCAGCGCGGGGUUGAGCGGCCAACGAUCGUAGCAGUCGUCGGCAAAAGCCAUGUGUUCGGGAUGGCAGAGCUCUGGGACCAUUUUGCCGCGACUGAGAAACUGAAAUGGAACCCCUCGCGCGACGUCGUGGGUGCGCCGUUGGUUGGGGAAGAUAUUUCUUCGCUGGAUGAGCUGUUGAAGGCUGCGGAUAUCGCUCGCAAACAACCAGUGCCUGUGCAGAGGACCGUGAAGGUGGCCGAGGAGAUUGUGCCGGCGGAUAUGCGGCGUGGGGUGCGAAUUGCCCCAUCUGCGGGGGAACCAGUAUCACCACUACCUCCGAAGCGCGGCAGCCAGGUCGCACCGCCGCCGCCGCCGACCCGUUCUCCGCCGCGUAUUCCCACCGGACUGAAGUAUGUCGAUUAG